AUGAGCACCACAGAUGAUCAAGAAUUCGAUAAAAUAAUAUUAUUAACUGGAACUGGUGAUAUUUUUUCAGGUGUGACUGUUGAUAAAAAUCUUUUAGCUAAAACAUGCGUUCUAUUUGAACGUCAACUAGAACAAUCAUUGUUAGCAUGGCGUGAAGCGAAGCGAAGAGGAAUUUGGCUUCCAAUACCACAUGAUCGAACUGAACUUAUUUCUAUUGCACAAAAAUUUGGUUUCGUUCUUCAUCAUGCCAAACCAGAUUAUGUUAUGUUAACAAAUUGGCUCGACGAGAACGAACCGAAUCCAUUACCUUCUUAUGCAAUCUCUACGAUCGGUGUCGGUGGUCUCGUAGUGAAUAGCAAGCGAGAAGUAUUACUUAUACAAGAACGAUUUGCUUAUGUUGAUGAUUAUUUUAAAUUACCUGGUGGCGCUCUUGACAUCGGUGAAUCACUCGAACGUGGUGUUGAACGUGAAGUAUUGGAAGAAACAGGUAUUCGUGCUCAUUUUCGUGGUAUACUUGCAUUUACAUAUAAGGCACAAUUUCGUUUUGGACACGGCGAUGUUUAUUUCGCUUGUUUGAUGUCAUUGGACGAGAAUGAAGAAGAUCAGCAGAUUAAUUUCGAUCCACUUGAAAUAGCUGCUUGUAAAUGGAUGUCAUUGGAUGAGUGGGCUAGUUCACCCGAGAAACAUCCUGUGCCUAUAACAUUACAUCUAGCACGUUUAGCUGUUGAUGUAUUAGAUGGUCGAGAGCAACUGCUUGAGCCUAAUCUAAUCGAAAUUAAAUCACGAAAUCCAGAACGGCCGCCAUGGAACACAAUGCUGUAUUGUAGAAAAUCUAGUGAUCAAAAAUAA